GCGGCGGCUGCGGGGCGCUCCGGGGAGCCGGCGUCCCUAGGCUACGGAGGGUGGCUCCGUUUCCAGAUGUUACAGCCCUGCCCGAGCCUCCCUGCCCAACCGUGGCAUUAGGCUGCAUCGUGAAGGCCCCCGGUGGAUGCCAGACGGUGCCCACGUUCCCGCCAGGACUCAACCCAAAGUUUGGACGUUCACAGGCCAAGGGGAGCACUGGAUGAGAUGUUGACCACCUCUCCCUUCCCCCUUCCUCUCUGCCUUGGUCAGUCACCAGACCCUGGACCUUGAUCUCUCUCCACCAGGCCAGGGCAGCUGAUGGUCGUGACUGAUAAAUUUCAAGGUAGCUGGGCCUGCCCCUUCUUCCCCAUCUACCUGUUGUCCUGCCCCCCACACGGCCACCACCCUGGCUCCACUCCCUCAUGACCACCUGGAUCCUCCUGCCUGUAAGCCUGUCAGCCUUCUCCAUCACUGGCAUAUGGACUGUGUAUGCCAUGGCUGUGAUGAACCGCCACGUGUGCCCCGUGGAGAACUGGUCCUACAAUGAGUCCUGCUCUUUUGACCCUGCUGAGCAAGGAGGGCCCAAGACCUGCUGCACCCUGGAUGAUGUUCCUCUCAUCAGCAAGUGUGGCACGUAUCCCCCAGAGAGCUGCCUCUUCAGCCUCAUUGGCAAUCUGGGAGCUUUCAUGGUGGGUCUGAUCUGCCUCCUGCGGUACGGGCAGCUCCUGGAGCAAAACCGGCAUUCCUGGAUCAACACCACCGCACUCAUCACUGGUUGCACCAACGCUGCAGGCCUUGUGGUGGUUGGCAACUUUCAGGUGGACCACGCCAAGUCUCUGCACUACGUUGGAGCUGGUGUGGCUUUCCUGGCUGGUCUGCUCUUUGUCUGCCUGCACUGUGUCCUAUCCUACCACGGGGCCACGGCCCCCAUGGACCUGGCUGUGGCCCACCUGCGGAGUGUGCUUGCUGCCAUCGCCUUCAUCACCCUGGUCCUUAGCGGUAUCUUCUUUGUCCAUGAGAGUCCUCAACUCCAGCAUGGGGCAGCCCUGUGUGAAUGGGUGUUUGUCAUCGAUAUCCUCAUUUUCUAUGGCACCUUCAGCUACGAGUUUGGGGCAAUCUCCUCAGACACACUGGUGGCUGCAUUGCAGCCUGCCCCUGGCCGGGCCUGCAAGUCCUCUGGAAGCAGCAGCACUUCCACCCACCUCAACUGUGCCCCUGAGAGCAUUGCCAUGAUCUGAGGUCUGGAGGGUGGCUGGCCCGGCCUCCGCAGUACCCCACCCUUACCUUCUUCGCAUUUAUUUUGUACCAAAAACAGUUUUUAGCAAGUAUUCUGUUGGGAUCUGGGCUUCCUCACUCCUGGAGAGAUGGCUGUCCCAACACCCACCUGUGCCAUAGAGGAGUAGGCCCUGCCAGCUGCCUCAGCUGCAUGUCCUGUUCCCCCGUACCACUGUACUGUUGUGUUUAAAGGUCACCUGUCCUCACUUGCCCAGCCAGCCCUUCAGGUGCCUUCUACUCCCAGUGUCAGAACCAGACCACUGGGGUUUCCUGCUGCAGGAAUUGGGGGCUGGGAACAGCAGGGGAGGAUACAAGUCUGGAUAGUAGGGGAGCACGCCUUAGCCUAGGGAAGGCUCACUGGGAUGCUUCACUCUGCCCCUCACUUCCUUUAGGGCGAAUAACACAGAACCACAAGGGUAUUUUAGUACUUUUUUUAUAUCUAUUAAAAGAAUUCUAAUUUGCAA